GUUGUGUGCGCUUCCUGAAGCUUGAGGUGCCAAUAUCUGCGCUAACUAUUUCUUUAUCGUUUGAUAUAUUUCCUUUCAAGUUCUCAUCGCAGCUCAGUUUUGACAACAUUGCCGUGAAGGUUCCAUUCUCUCACAAAUCGCAGCUGCGGUGUAAGCUGGGUCAAAAAUGGCGGGUGGAGGGAAUUUCAUGCACAGGGUAAUCUCCUACGUGGUAAAUGAAUUGGUCGUGAACGGUCUUGCCAAUAGCCCCACAUUCCAGAGGUUUGCAGUGAAAACAUCUAAGAGAAUUGAAGACAUUACAAAUAAAGCUACACAAAAGAAGCAAGAGCUAGCAGAGCAGAUGAAGGACAUAUCAAAAAAAUAUGGAGAAUGAGAACCAAUGGCUUUGCUGUAUCUUGGAUCGGGAGGACAACAGAACAGGGUACUGAUGAUCUCUGCGGUGGAGGCAGACGAGGUCAUGUGGACAUGCCCAAUAUCUACCAAAAGGAAGUGGUUCUUCAAUGUAGUCUGUCACACUUGGCUAAGCAAAAUUCUAGCGUCUGCUGUCUUAGUUUUACUUCUGCGAAGAUUAAUUGUACUUCCAUUAUAUUUCUUGUUUGGGCUCAUCAAAUGUUUGGUAAUCUGGUAGUUGUCUUUUGCAACUUAUAGUAUCAAGGGAAGCAAGGGCUGGCAAAUAGUGUGGAGUAAGUGUAAAUCUGUUGAAGAUGUAUAAUGUUAUAAUUUCUGGAUGUGUCAACUCGUAUUACCGACCCAGUUAUGGUGCAAGUGAAAUAAGUGAAUCAUCCAUAUCGAAUUGCUUGAAA